AUGGAGGACAGAAUAGGCUUCGAUAUCAAUGAAUCGUUGAAACAUUAUCUCAGCGACCCUGCUUCAGUCCCUACCCCGGAUGCUGACCCGGAACUUUUUGAUUGCGAAAAUGACCCCGAACUGUUAUCGACAGCGCUGGUCGAUAGCGUGGUAAAUCCGAUCGUGGAUGGCAUCGCUGAAAACCCGGAGGCCCUGAUGAGGCCAUCCUUCUUUGAUUCGUUACAAUUCCUGUUAAAAUGUUGCGCUGUAUUACCAUCCAAGAGCCUCAGCAAAAUCCUCGAUUUGAUUGUCUCCGGUCUCGCCGUCGAAGCGGAUAUCAUCCAUAGUGAUCUCGAGGCUGAUGAGCAGGAAGCGAUUCAGCAACACAAACAGUUGCUAGAGAUGUACGGCUUUCUUCUGCAAUGGGCGCUCUCUGCAGUGGAAGUAAAGGCUGCGGAGAAGCCUACAAGCACCGCUCCGGUCCGUCGAGGCCCUGGGAAGGCCGGGAAGCCGAGGACAGGCGUCAAAGAUGGCAACUGGGACUGGACGGCACAGAUCCAGAUCUCCAUGGAAACUAUGUGCAAGGUUUUGAAGCUCAAAUUGGGAAAGAUUUUCUUGACUACUUCUGAUCGCGACACCUUUGUGAAUCUGUUCACCCGUUCUGUAUACCUCCUCUUCGAGAACGAGCAGCGCGUAAAGAACAUGGCAAUUCGAAUGCAUGCCUUCAAAGUACUGUGCAUCGCAGUGAAGCACCAUGGCCAUGCCUUUGGGGCACAAACAUCAAUUGUGCAGAGCCUGACCUAUUUUGAACAUCUUUCAGAGCCAAUGGCCGAGUUCUUGCACAUUCUUGCAGAGCAAUACGAUCAUACUCAGCUAGCAGAUGAGAUCCUAAGGGAACUUGCAAACAAGGAGUUUAACUCCAAUGACACAAGAGGCCCGAAGUCGGUCUCCACAUUCAUCGUGAAACUGUCAGAACUUGCUCCCCGGCUUGUCAUUAAGCAGAUGACACUUCUAGCCAAACAGCUUGAUAGCGAGUCCUACACUUUACGUUGCGCCAUUAUCGAAGUCUGUGGAAACCUCAUCGCCGAUCUCAGUAAGGAGGACGAGAGGAGCGAGAACUAUAAAACUCAAAUCAAUGCCUUCUUUGAUGUUCUCGAGGAGCGGUUUCUGGACAUCAAUCCCUACUGCCGCUGUCGGGCCAUUCAAGUCUAUAUGAGACUCUGUGAGUUGGAGCAAAAGUUUCCCAAGCGCCGGCAAACUGCUGCAGAAUUGGCAGCAAGGAGUCUUGAAGACAAAAGCAGUAAUGUGCGAAGGAAUGCCAUCAAGUUGCUAGCGAAACUGGUAUCCACCCAUCCGUUCAGCGUCAUGCACGGUGGGCAGUUGUCCUAUAAAGAUUGGGCUGCCAGACUUGAGGCUGUUGAGGCUGAGCUGAAUGCUCUUAAACCUCCACCAGAGACACCUGGCCUAGGUGAAACUCAAGUUGACAGUGAACUGUUGGACGACGCGACACAGAUGCCGGAUGACUCUCCCUCAAAGGCCCCAAGAAUGACUGAGGAGCAGAAAGCCGCGGCGAUGCAAAAGGCAGCCGAGGAAGCCGCAACAUCGGAACUGCUCGCGAGGCUUCAAUUAACCAGAAAAUACUAUCUCGAGGCGAUUCGCUUUAUACAGGUUCUGCACUCGGCUUCACGAAUCGUGUGCCAGUUGCUCUCAUCUCGAAAUAAGAGUGAGGUGAUUGAAGCGAUGGACUUUUUCGUCGUGAUUGACGCGUACAAGGUUGAGACUGCACGGACCGGAAUUCGACGAAUGCUUCGACUCAUCUGGACGAAGGGAAACAGUGACGAAGGCAAAGGAGUUCAGACUCAUCUGAUUGACUGCUACAAGGGGCUUUUUUUCGAUGCACCUGAUUCCUUCAGUCCAAACGACGCGGCAAACUAUAUUGCUCGCAAUAUGAUCAGUCUCACAUUUGGUGCUACCCCCGCGGAGUUGACGUGUCUAGAACAGCUCCUCAGCAUGAUGAUGAAAGCAGGCCACAUAUCAGAUGCUGUUGUUGCAAAACUCUGGCAGGUUUACAGUGUGCAGAAGAGGGAGAUAUCAAAGACGCAGCGUAGAGGUGCAAUCAUUGUCCUCGGAAUGCUCGCUUUAGCCGAUCCAGAGGUCGUCGUGAAGGAGACCGAGGCAAUGCUGCGGAUUGGCCUCGGGAGCCUGGGGCGCUCUGAUUUGGUCCUCGCAAAAUAUACGUGUAUCGCGCUCCGGAGAAUGGCACCUGGACGGCAAGCAAAAAGCAAAGAUAGCGGUGUGGCAAAAUUGUCUAAUGAUCAUCCCGUGUUGGUGAAACUGGCUGCGAUGACAGAGAUCGCUUCGGAUAGUAAAGAAUGGUACGGGGUUGCAGAGCAGGCAAUUGGAGCCAUUUACGCGCUCUCGAAACAUCCGGACGUCCUCUGCUCCGACAUCAUCCGCCGAAAGACGAAGUUCGUCUUUCAGCCUCAUCUUCGCCAACCAUCCCCCACACAGACAAUCCCUGAGGGCGAUGAACAGCGUCCAGACACAGCGUCUACUGAUGGACAAUCGGCGAAGGCGAAGCCAACGUCCUGGGCCCUCUCACAGCUUCUCUUCAUCGUGGGCCAUAUUGCCAUCAAGCAGAUUGUACAUCUCGAACUUUGCGAACUCGACUUCAAGCGUCGAAAGGCCGAGCAAGAGAAGAACAAGCCGGCUAACGCGGCUGCGCAGAAAAAGGACGACCAAGCAGAUAAUGAGCUGGACUUGAUCGGUGGGACCACAGAAGAUGACUUCACUGAAGCCAUGGCUCAUAUCCGUGAACGUGAACUUCUCUAUGGAGAGAAUUCCUUACUGACUAACUUUGGGCCUUUGGUCACUGAGAUAUGUGCGAAUAGCAAUGCCUAUCCAGAUCGCAAUCUACAGGCAGCGGCCACUUUGUGCAUGGCUAAACUCAUGUGUGUGUCUGCGGAGUACUGUGAAAAGAACCUGCCACUGCUCAUUACCAUCAUGGAGCGAUCGGAGGACCCUAUUGUACGCAGUAAUGCUGUUAUCGCUUUAGGGGACAUGGCAGUCUGCUUCAACCAUCUUAUCGAUGAAAAUACGGACUUCCUUUAUCGUCGACUCAAUGACGAAGAUGCUUCUGUCAAGCGCACCUGUCUGAUGACACUCACCUUCUUGAUCCUGGCUGGACAGGUAAAAGUCAAGGGCCAGCUUGGCGAAAUGGCCAAAUGCUUGGAGGAUGGUGACAAGAAGAUCGCAGAUUUGGCGCGCAUGUUUUUCACUGAAUUGGCCACCAAAGACAAUGCGGUCUACAACCACUUUGUUGACAUAUUCAGUCUCUUGAGUUCUGAGAAGAAUAUGGAUGAAGGCGCUUUGAGACGAAUCAUUAAGUUCCUUGCUGGCUUUAUUGAGAAGGAAAAACAUGCGAAGCAGCUUGCAGAAAAGUUGGCAGCGAGGCUUGCACGUUGUGAAACAGAAAGACAGUGGAACGAUGUAGCUUAUGCCUUGUCUUUGCUGCCGCAUAAGAAUGAAGAAAUCACAAAGACAUUGAAUGCAGGUUUCAGAGUGGUCACUGCAAGCGCGUGA